AUGCAAGAGAUCAUCAACGCAUUUGGUUUUGAGUGGUGCAUGGCACCUGGAGAAGCGGAGGCAGAGCUCGCUUAUUUGAAUCACAUCGGUGUCAUUGACGCUGUGUACACCGACGAUGUGGAUGCAUUCCUUUUUGGAGCGAAGAUGAUUGUCCGGAAUCCAAGCACGACACUGUAUGGUAACCGCGCGCAUGCCCUCAAAAAUAGUGCGGGCGUCGAAGACGGCAAUCACGUUGCGACGUACACCUCGCACGCAAUACUUACGCACCCCUCAAUUGAGCUCACACAUGGCGGACUAAUCCUCAUGGGCAUCCUCUGUGGGGGCGACUACCAUCCCGCCGGUCUCAUCGGGUGUGGUUCCACGAUUGCGCACGGGCUCGCACGUUGCGGUUUCGGCGAUAGCCUUUACAACGCAGCGCGCACACUACCGCGCUCGGAGCUCCGUGCCUUCCUACGCCAAGAGUACACUGCGCUGGCGAAGAAGAUCCCUGAGGACUUUCCCGACAUCGAUGUCCUAUUAUCGUACACAAACCCUGUCACGUCCGAGUCGGAGGCAGCUUCCAAAGGCCGCGUGCCGAAGAUCACGAUGCUUGACUGGGAGAAAGAGCCUGACCUAGGAAAGAUUGCUGGCUUGUGCGAAAUGUACUUCGAAUGGGGCGUCAAGGAGACCAUCAUGAAGCGUUUUCGCACAAUCCUUUGGCCUGCUGUAGUGCUGCGGAUACUCAGACGCGUCGCGUUGUCGGAGGACAUGCGCACUAUGUCUCAGGCAGCCCGCUCAGUGUUGCUCCAUCCUGCCACCCCUACGAGGAAAGACAAGAAUAGGGAGCGCCAUGUGCCUGGGACGCCGUCGUCGAUUAUCACGAAGCAUUUCUCCUCGCUCCACCUGAGCUCGCCUAAACGCGCCGGACGUACCGACUGCGACACCGAGGAUGAAGGCGACGAAGACAAGCUCAUCGUCAAGAUCCACUCGUCUCGGCAACAUACAUCCACAGAUAAUGUUCUCGAGUAUCGUAUCGAGGUUGCCCCUGUACAUCUCGUUCGACUAUCUGAAUCCGGGCUGAGGGGUCUCCGUACUGCAUUGGCAACGGGGUUGGACAGCGGCUCAAACGUGCUAGAAGGAGACGAAUCGGACGGCGUUGUUCAAGGAAAGAAGCGUUUACCGAAACCGCCACCCAAUCCUAAGGAUCACCUCAGGAUCUGGAUGCCCGCGUGCAUGAUACGCAUCGCGCGGCCGGACCUUGUGGAGGGAUUCGAAAGAAUCCAGGAGAUGCGUACGACCGAAAAGGUGGCAGUGAACGCUCGUAGCACCGCACGUGGUUCCAAGGUCAAACGGAGCAACGCCUUCGGGUCAAAGGCAAAGGCAGGGAAGGAUGUCGCGGUGUUAGGCUUGGAGUACGAAGAAGAGAGUUCAGACGGGUCUCCGACUCCAACCAGACCGACGCCAAACGCCUGCGCCGCCAAGGGAAAACCAGCUAUCAUGGCUCCAGUCCCUGAACAAACCGGCAGCAUCAAGGUGUUCUCCGGAGUCGUUGAACAGCCCGUGCGUAUGAGCAGUAAACCAAACAAGGCGAAGUCAACCACCAUCAGCACCCCCGACAGUGACAUCGACGACGACAGACAGGCGUCUGCGGUAUUAUUCGCAGCCGAUAAAAUCCCCCCGCAAAUCUCAGAAGCAUACAUCGCCACGUAA